AAUGAGAAUAAACCUCCCCAAUCAUUAGACCCCCGUUAAUCAUUAACGCAUCCACCCCUCUCCAUUUCCACAUAGCCAUGGCCGUUUCUAUCUCCUCAAUUCCCCCUAAACCGCCUUUCUCUCUCUGAAUCUCUAUCUACUUCCCCUCCCUCUCUAUAUCUUUCCUCUUCUGGCACAACGAAUUUGUAACUAACAGCGUCAGAACUCAUAGCUCUCUCUUUUUCUCUCUCCAAUUUAUACCGGAAAUCACUGAUUCUGGAGUUUAUGUAUCUGAUAUUCAUCACAAGAGAUCUAGACAUGAAUUUUUCUCUGUAAACCCUAAUUUUUUUGCCAUUAGAAAUGGCGGUCGUGACUGGAGAUCGAUACCUCAAAUCUCUGGUGAAGUUUGUGGAGGAGCAAGCGGGACCGUUGAUCGAAGGAACCCUAGUUCUCAAGCUGAACCCUGUGGGACUUCACUACGUGCAAUCCAGGCUCGAAGCACUCCACGAGCUCGAGAGCCUCCUCGCCGGCGCUCCCGUCGAUUACCUACGCGCUUACGUCUCCGACCUCGGAGAUCACCGCGCGCUCGAACAGCUCCGGAGAAUUCUGAGGCUCUUGACGUCGCUGAAGGUCGUAUCAGUGUUGCCGCCGCCGGCAAGAGACCCUCAACCGCUUACUCUGUUGCCGUUCGGGCGGUUGAAGGUUCUGGAGCUUCGCAGGUGUGAUCUUUCUACUUCGGCUGCGAGAGGGCUUCUUGAAUUGAGGCAUACGUUGGAGAAGCUCAUCUGCCACAAUUCAACUGAUGCACUUCGACAUGUAUUUGCAAGUAGAAUUGCUGAAAUAAAGGACUCACCGCAGUGGAACCGGUUGUCAUUUGUUUCAUGUCCUUGUAAUGGCUUGGUUCUCAUGGAUGAGUCUUUGCAACUCCUUACUGCUGUUGAAACCCUUGAUCUAAGCAGAAACAAGUUUACAAAGGUAGAUAAUCUCCGAAAGUGUACCAAAUUGAAGCAUCUGGAUCUUGGGUUCAAUCACCUAAGAACAAUUGCGUUAUUUAGUGAGGUCUCCUGUCAAAUUGUUAAACUUGUUUUGAGGAAUAAUGCUUUAACUACAUUGCGCGGGAUAGAGAAUUUGAAGUCACUUGAAGGACUUGAUCUUUCCUACAAUAUUAUUUCCAACUUUUCAGAACUAGAGAUCCUUUCGGACCUUACAUCUCUACAAAGCUUGUGGCUAGAAGGAAAUCCAUUAUGUUGCGCGCGAUGGUACCGAGCACAAGUUUUCAGCCUUUUCCCUCAUCCAGAUAAUUUGAAAUUAGAUGAAAAGCAUAUUCUCACGAGAGAGCUUUUGAAGCGGCAAAUUAUUAUUGCCAGCAGGCAUAAACGCCCUGCUAGCUUUGGAUUUUACUCACCUGCAAAAGAUGUUGCUGAUUUAGUAGGGACUAUCAACACAAAAAGGAAGAAGCUAUCUCGUCUUGCUUGUAUUGAAAAUGAAGAGCAGAGUUCGCAUAUAUGUUCAGACCAAGAGUCAGUUUUAUGUGACAAUGAGAUUCAAAGCAAAGAGGAGAAUGCUCUUUCAGAUGAGGAAGCUGAAAUAGUGGGUUUGAUGAAUAGAAUUGAAUUCAUGAAAAAGGAACGUUCUAUUCUAUGGUUGCAGGAGUUUAAGGAUUGGAUGCAUCAUAGUUCUGAAGAUUUUAUGGACAGUAGUAAACAUAGCGGGGCGAUAUUGAAUUUUGGUGAAGAAAAUUAUUCGAAAAACAAGACAAAACAGAAGCAUCUUGGCGAGAGCUCAAGAUAUGUCUCCGACUCUGUUCAAGCUUCUGGCGAUGAGAGUAGUACGAAUAUUUUAGAAUCUGAUAACUCCUUUGCAGAUACGUCUAUCAGUUUCAAUGCCUAUCAAUACUACGAUCGUGUUGGUGAAUCAGCCUCAAAAUUCUUCAUGGGGCAAACUGGUGGCGGUUCUGUAUCCACAGUUGAACGAACAGAUCCAAAGCGGGAGCAUCUGAAAUCUUAUUCUAAUGAAAGGCACCUGUCUGCGAAGGCUGGAAACUCUAAUCUUGAUUCUUUUGCGGUCCCAGGUAGUGACAAUAUGGAUGCAAAAAGCAAAGUUGCACCUUUAACUGUCAUUGAUAAUAUUAUGGAGUCUUAUUCAUCCUCAGCUUGCCUGGGAUCACCUCCCCAUUAUCAAGAGGACAUUCUGCAUCGUCGCCAGAACUUAGAGGAAGAAUUUCUGCAGCUAUCUGCAGAAUCUUUUUCUGUUGCAUCUUCUGACAGUAAUACCAGCUGCAGUGAAGAUGAUUUCACCAAAUUUGGACCAUUGAUACCUCAAGUUGAUCAGUCUCUGAUUGAGGAGUUUCCAGAGAAGAAUGCAGAUGGCCACUCAUCUCUGCUCUUUUCCGUGGAUUCAUACUACAACACAAGGCAUGAGAACUCAAAUGUAACAGAAAAUGGCUCUUGUGCAGAACAAGGCUGUGGUAUUCUAAAUCUUGUAGAACCAGACAACUCUAUGCAGGUGUGUGGCAAUGAUUUUCCUACUGGUGUUUAUGAUGGUGAAAUAGGACGUUUUGUGAAGCAAGACGCUGAUUGGUCAGAGAAUAAAAAAAACAAAAGGAAACCCAAAAAAAGAGUAGUUUCACUGUUAGAGGAGACUGGUACAGAUGACAGGGCAGAACCAUCACAGAGGCUUAAUGGUCAUCUGGAUGUUUGUAUAAAUGUGGAAGAAGGAAAACAAGUUUCUCAUGGCAGUGACUUCCAGAUGUCCAUUGACGAAAAUCGAGCCUGGAGAAGUGCAACCGCAACCUCGCUUACCACCGACUGUGAUACAAACCUUUCCGGAACAAAACCCUCAUCUUUAGAGACAGUUCCCAUUGAGAAAAUUUUCAAUUCAAAUGUUGCAGAAGUUGGAGUUCAAGAGUCUUGCAAGCGGUAUAUGCGUUGCAGUUGUAUACUUGAGCACAAAUCCGGGUACAAAGAAAGUGAAGUAGCUUUAUUGCUGAGCAGUGAGCGCAAGUUGUACAUACUACGCAUAGACAAUACAUAUGAUGGGUCAGGAACUAUCUUAAGACCCAUGGGUUGCCACAGAAUUGAAGAUGUUAGAGAAAUUCUUUUCGGUUUGGGGCUUCAGGUUGUGAGGUUGUACAUUGAUCAGGGUGCAAAAUAUCUGUUCAUAACCAGGAGUAUUGAGAAAUCAAGGCAAUUACUUAGUAUAUUGCAUUUCUUUGAUUCAUAUGAGAUGAAGGAUAACUGUUCCCUAAGAAGUUUGGAGCAGGUUCAGGUUGAUUUGUUUGAGAGACAUAUGUGUGGAGGUUCUAAAAUGAACCUGUUUCAAUAUUCAAUGGUGCUUUUUAAACGCAACAAUAUGGAAGAGGAUUUAUGGCUUCCAAGGUCGCUAUUUGUGCUUCAAGAACAUUUGCUCGUGUGCAUUGAAGAUUUCAUGCAGUUUGGCCCUCUUUCCGAGGAUGCAUCUUCCUCUACGUAUUUCUCACUUGAUUCAUGCUGCUCUAUCAUUGACUUAUACGAGAUGGUCAUUGAAGCUGGGGAGAGUUGGUAUGUGACCUUGGCUAUUGAAUGUGCUACUACGUCAGAGUUCCGUCCUUCAGACAUAGGUGGCAAGGUAAAGGAUGAUGGUGCAACAGUCACUGCAGAAAAGCCUGCUUCAGGCCCUCUGACGUGGAAGCUCAGAUGGUUCUCUGAAGAUAGUCUGUUCAAGUUUGUUGUAUUGUUGAAGGCACUCCACGUAGAAAAGGCAAUGUCUCCUUUACUUGUAAGAUGUACAGCCUGAAUAGCGAAUAGCGAAUAGCGAAAUUUUUUUUUCGUAUUUUUUUCCGCAUUCAUUUCAUUCUUUUGAUCUGGGCGUCCUUUCUAGUCACAUGUUCAGUUUGAUUUUCGCUUUAGUGUGGCGAGUCUAUAGCUUUCUUUGGUUCUAUUCUUUGAUUUAUAUUCUUAUAGCAGUUUUUUCUCUCUUGUACAGAGUGUACAGUAUAGAACAUCAAAUGAUAUGUUAGUUUGCCUUUGCUUUUUGUUUGUUUAUUAUAUAA